GCAAAAAUAGUCGAGACGGAGCCAACGGAAAGUGAAGGAUGCAUUUCAUUUCAAUUAUUAUCCAUUUUAUUUCUUAUCAAUUGUAUAUUUCCAGGAGUGGCUCUGGGUUACUGAUCAGAAGGUCGGGGUUCAAGCCCCGGUAUCGCCAAGCUGCCACUCUUGGGCCCUUGAGCAAGGCCCUUACCCCUCUGUGCUCCAGGGGGCAGUAUCAUGGCUUCUGAGCACGCUGGGAUAAGAGCGAAUUUCACUGUGCUUUAAUGUAUAUGUGACAAAUAAAGUCUAUUUUAUAUUUCUCAGUCGGUGAAUUUAAUUCUUUUAUAUAUGAGAAAAAUGCGUCAAAAUGCUGUGGUCUGUUACAAAUAAAUAAAACAGAAUUGUAUUUAAAACAAAAAGAAUUGAAAUGUAAGCAGCAAUUAUUCUCCAGAAAACAGGAGGCUGUCUGACUCGUGAAUGUGAAAUGGACAUGAUAUUCUUUCUUCACCUGCAAGCUUCAAAGUUUCUUAAAUGGAGCAUGUGUUGGGGAUUUCGUUUUAUUAUCAUUAUUAUUAUUAUUAUUAUUAUUAUUAUUAUUAUUAUUAUUUCUGCAGAAUAUGCACUGAUGAUGGUCCUCCCUCUGGGAGAAGAAACAGCACAGUUGUGUAUCUUGUGUAUUUGUGAGAGUUGAUCAUUACUCAGAGCUUCUCCAGGCCUCAGUGCUGCUGCUUCUCUCAGUCAGGAUCCAUAAUUGAUUCGAGCUGGACUCUGAGCAACACUGCUGCCUCUCUAAAAGCUCGCUCCGGAUUGGUGGACAGCCAAGGUUUCGCUGACAGACUCCCCUCCACCCUUCUCCCUCCAUCACUCCCUCCAUCCCUCCUCUUCUCUCUUUGCGUUGUCACAGCACCCUGACUGCCACCUCCCCAACACCUCCCCAACACCUCCCCAGCCCAAGAGAUAAACACAUCCUCUCGCUGCACACUCCUGCAUCUUCACCAUGUUCCUUGUGUUUAGGUGGAACACAGUGACACGCCUGGAUUUCGGCACAUCGGCAGGAUCACGUGUAAUUCCGCUCCGUCGUCCCGAAAUAAACGCGUAACGAGACGCGCGCGGGUCGCAGUCCGGUGCCGGUGCCGGUGCCGGUGGAUGAUCUCAAAGUCGGACUUUUUUUUGUGCUGGAUUGGAGAAUGUGCGGUUUCCAGAGGAGGACUUGUUUACAGCACCGCGAGGCCCGCUGGAGGAACAGAGCCGGGUUCUGGAGCUGCUCCUGUGAGAUGCAGCACGUCUCGGUGUGAUCCAGUCUCCUGGUGCGGUACGAUCAUAUUUCUGCCUCUUGCCAAUUUGUUUAGGUUCCGUAGAAACCCAUGCGGUAGCCAUAGUGAUGGUUUCCCUGGAUGAAGCUGGAGAGUGAAGCGCACUCUGCUGGGAAUGGAGAGCGUUAACCCAUUUUACAUCACAUUUCUGAAUCAGAUCUCCAGCUGAAAGACUUUUGGACACAUCCUAUGUCAUUAAGUGUUCUCCUGGAUGCAAUGAGGCGUCCCCUGCUCUGUAGAACCCUGCUCUGAUAGAGGAAAACACUCAGGUUCUGCAGAUCGAACAAUGCCAAGCUCUCGCCUCAGCACCGGCUCAGUGGACUACUGGGUGGACGGCUCACGUCGAGAUGUUUCCAUGGAGGAGUUCUACACCAUGGGCCCGGAACUGGGGAGAGGGGCUACAUCCGUUGUGUAUCGCUGUGAAGAGAAGCAAACAGAGAAGCUCUACGCAGCCAAGGUCCUGAAGAAGACUAUCGACAAGAAAAUAGUGAGGACAGAAAUCGGGGUUCUCCUGCGUCUUUCUCAUCCAAACAUUAUUCGCCUGAAAGAGAUCUUCGAGACGGAAACGGAGAUCUCUCUGAUCCUAGAGCUCGUCACCGGCGGGGAACUUUUUGACAGGAUUGUGGAGAGGGGCUACUACAGCGAGCGAGACGCUGCUCAUGUAAUCAAGCAGAUCCUGGAGGCAGUGGCGUAUUUGCAUGAAAAUGGAGUCGUUCACAGGGACCUCAAACCUGAAAACCUGCUAUAUGCCGAUCUAUCAAUAGAUGCUCCUUUAAAGAUAGCUGACUUUGGUCUCUCUAAGAUAAUAGACGAACAGGUGACGAUGAAGACGGUGUGUGGGACGCCUGGGUACUGCGCUCCUGAAAUUCUCAGAGGCAACACUUAUGGCCCAGAGGUAGACAUGUGGUCUGUGGGAGUGAUCCUGUAUAUACUGCUGUGUGGGUUCGAACCGUUUUUCGAUCCGAGAGGAGACCAGUACAUGUACAGCCGCAUCCUCAACUGUGAUUAUGAGUUUGUCUCUCCCUGGUGGGACGAAGUCUCUCUUAACGCAAAGGAUCUGGUCAGUAAGCUUAUAGUUCUGGACCCUCAGAAGCGUCUGAGUGUGCACCAGGCCCUGGGGCAUCCAUGGGUUCUCGGCAAAGCAGCACGCUUCUCCCACAUGGACACCACGCAGAGGAAGCUGCAGGAAUUCAACGCUCGCCGCAAACUAAAGGCUGCCAUGAAAGCUGUAGUGGCAACCAGCCGCAUGCACGAGGGCUCAAGGCGCCGCACUGACAGCUGUGAGAUCCCCGGCUCUGACAAGAACUCGCGCCAAUGCAGCUUGGCAAAAGAUGCGCCCAUGGACACCCAGAGUGAAUCUGAACCUGCUAAAGAAGAUAUAGACAAGACUAAGAAGGUGAAUGAGGCCUCACAUGAUCCAAACCCUCCCAUUCACACCCCCUUGAGCUCCAAAUCAUCCACUCUGACCACCAUGGGAACCAUGCCCACCAGGCCACCGCUAAAGGCAGAGGUGCUGAGACAGACCACGGUCAUGGCCAUGGCUCCAGUGGUCCGUCCCAGAGUGGCGCAGAAAAGUUGCUCGGUGGAUCCCGGUGUAAAGCACGGGCCCUUACCGGACCUCGCCAGCCCACCCAGCCCUAAAAGCAUGAGCAAUGGCUUUGUGGAGACGGGAAACAGCACAGCGGAGUGUCAAUGAGUGCGGCUGAUCCAAAGGACUCGGGAAUGAUGAGCUGAACACUCAUCCUGUACAUCCUGUCAUCUCACUACUCUGUAGAACCGUGAAGCCUCUCAGAUACAUAGUUAUAUGUCUUAGAGUUAUACUGCAAGUCCAGUUUUACGUGACUUACUACAGCUAGACAUUUGAAACGACCCGGAAAACCUUCAUUUAAAAACACAAACUGUGUUCAAACGAAAGGCAUCACUCUGAAGGAGCAUGUCUGUGUGUAGAUUGUAGAGAAAAGGCACAAUAUAACACACAUGUUUGCAGUUUUUCUUGUCUCUACUUCCUGUUUACAAAUUUUAACUCCAAAACAAUGAAUUCUUUCAGAAAACCUAAAGAAACUUUCUAAUCUCCCCCCUUAUGCUAAUCCUGAUGUUACUAAUAGAAAUGUUCGCUUUGCAUGCCAUUACCUUUGUUCAUGAAAGUGCAUUUCUUAUCCUGGAAUAUUAAUUUCUGUAUUUUUUAUAGAAUGUGGAAUGAAAAUAUAAAGACUAAUGAGCAUAGCAAUUUUCUCUUUAUUAGCACCCUCUGGGUAGAAGAAGAAGAAUGUGUUUGUGAAAUUAAUAGUGUAAAUGUAUAUAAAUAGUUUUUUUGAAAGAUUGGACAUAAGAAUUAAGGUUUGUAAAAGUAGACAUGCACAUUUUAAAUUCUCAUCGCAGUCAUUUGCUCAUGGAGCUCUGUGUAUCGCUCACCAAAAACAUCCUUUUCCGAUUUUAUUUCUUUAUCUGCUUCAGCUCGUAACUCAUAACCACAUACCACAUAAAACUCUACAGAAUGUAUGAAACUCUGCUACGUGAUCUUUUGUAUGCACAAAUGUAAGUGCAUAAAUUCUGUUUAGCCUUUAGCUCCACUCGCGCUGCCGCAUGCCGCGUUUAUAUUUAGUUGUUUGACAUGAGGAUCGACAUCGCUUUCUCUUCAGAAGUACGUCACAACCACACUUUCUACCUCUUUCUGUGCAGGGGCUUAACAACCACCCCAACACUAUUCUGGGAAAAGACAGCGUCUUGCUAUUAAGCAACAACCGAACAGAUCUCAUUGGCUCAGUGGAAGAAUAUAAAAUAAACCUGAUAUUUGUUGCAGUGAAUCGAAUGACCUCUGCACUGAAAAUGCACUGAACUAAAAAUCAGAAGUGCAGCAGGAGCUCUGUACAUACUGCUGACAUGCAUGACAACCCGGCAUCACUAUGUGGUUAAUGUGUGAUAUUUUACAAUGAAUAUGCAUCGUUUAGAUUAUACUGACUUCAAUAAACAGCCUAGAAGCCGAUGUAGAUGCUAUUUGUGUUUGAUUGAGAAUUGUGUUUUCAUGAUUAAUAAAUUGAGUUAAUAUC